AUGAAUUCCUUUUUUGCGAAACCCUCAACCCGAACCAUUGCAAACGAUAUAUUCCAGAAAGUGGAUCAAUUCUUUAACACACAUGGCAUAAACUGGGAGUACGUUGUUGGGGUGUGCACCGACGGUCCUCCAACAAUGCUUGGUUGCCGCUCUGGCUUUCAGACAAUGGUGAAGGAGAAGUCUCCUAAUGCAUUUGGUACGCAUUGUACACUUUCUCGCCAAGCAUUGAUGGCUAAAACAAUGCCCGACCAUUUGAAGAAUGUUUUGAAUGAUGUGGCCAAAGCGGUAAAUUUGAUCAAAGCCAAUUCUUUAAACUGGCGUCUUUUUGCUGACUUGUGCAAGGACAAUGGCUCCGAUUUUGAAACGCUUUUACUGUACUCGCAAGUGACGUGGUUAUCCUAG